AUGGCCAAACUAUACUAUUUUGAUGGUCGUGGAAGAGGAGAAAUUGUAAGACUGGCUCUAGCGGCAGCCGACAUACCGUUUGAAGAGGAAUUGCUGCGGAAACGCGAUGACUUUUUAAAGCUUGUUGAUGAAGGGCGGCUGCUGUUUCAUCAGAUCCCUUUGCUAGAAAUAGAUGGCAAGAAUAUUGUACAAGUUAAUGCAAUUGUGCAUUACAUUGCAAAAAAGGCUGGACUUUAUGGGAAAAACCUGGAUGAAGAAGUUUUAAUUGACCAAUAUUAUGAGGGGGCUCGAGAUUUCAUGUUUGCUUUCCUUCCGAUUGGCUUUGCGCCAGAAAAAGAUGUCUUGGAAGGACCAGCCAAGAAAGCUCUAUCAAAAUAUUUGCCAAUAUUUGAAAAGAUUGCAAGUGAGAAUGGGUCAGGCUUUUUAGUUGGCAAAACUUUAUCUAUGGCUGAUGUCAGUUUACUGGAAGUCCUGCUUACAGCUGUUGAAUACUUGGGCAUAGAAGUGUUGGAACCUUAUCCAGCUGUUCAUAAACUCUACAAUGGAGUCUCUUCUAUUAAACAAAUUGCUGCUUUUCUCAAAGGACCGCAGAGGAAGAGGAAGAAUGAUGAACGCUACGUUGGGGAUGUAAAACACAUUCUGCAGUGGGAGUAA